UACAACAGGCAAAGGCAUUAUUAGCCUGUGUAUUUCUUUUCUUGGCUUAUUUUCUGGGCUCUUGAUGAUCAAAAUUCUUAAGUUCAAACUGCUGUGAUAAAAGAUAAGAUUGCUUCUUCCGAGGAUAUAUACACAUACUCUGCAAAAGUUCAGACGCUGUCUUCUAAAAAUCAGUAAUGAGUGAAGAAGUUGUAACUUAUUCCGAUUUGCUAUUUCAACCAUCAUCUCAGCCACAGAGGAGCCAAAGACUUGAAACUACCAAGAAAAAAGAUGCAAAUCAAUUACCAAAAACUCCACAAGAUCACCCUACUCCACUUUCUUCAUGGAAAUAUGUUGCUGUGUUUCUGUGGAUCAUUUGCAUGGGGCUUCUUCUGUCUGUUGGAUACUUGGUCAUUGAGUUGAAUAAGAAGCCAUUUCAACCAGAAGGAUGUCCAGGAAAUAAUUCCUCCAACAAGGAAGCAAAUAAAACAGUAGAUUGGAAAUACCCUACUUGUUCAAACAACUGGCAUCAGUAUGGAGAAAACUGCUACUAUUUUUCAAGAGACAUUAUUCCUUGGAAGGAAUGUCGCCGUUUUUGCACUGAUUUACAUUCUGGAUUUCUUAAGUUGAAUACUGAAGAAGAGAUGAAUUUUAUAACAAAAUUGUCAAAAAUGCAAUGCGGUUUGCAAGAAGAAAAGUUUCCAAUUAGCUUACACUACAGCAACAAACAACUGAACUGGGUUUGGCUAGAUGAUACAAAACUUACCCUGGACAAGCUUCAACUUCCAGGACAUGAGAAUGCUAAUAAUAAAUGUGCACACAUAAAAUACGGCCAGAUAAUUGCUGAAGAUUGCCAUAGUAGUGGUUAUUGUAUCUGUAAGAAGACAAUAUAUUCAGAUUAGAUAAAGUGCCUGAGAUUUUCCAGUGAGAUGACUUCAACUAUGUAAAAAUGUGUUUAGCUAAAAAUAGAUGUCUUAAUCAUUGAAGUCUAUAUCUUAUUCUUUAACUUUAAUCCAUAAUUUGUAACAGGA